UCUAAACAGUUUUUCAAAGUGCUUACCAAAGUAAGACAGCAUAUAAGAACACUGACACAAGGUGUGCAAACCACAAACUAUAAUACAAACUAUAAUAAAUAGUAAAACGUUAUACCCUUUUGCAGCAUUACAAUGCAACAUCAUGGCCAAUCAAUCAUCGCUUGCAAACGCACAGUCCUGAUAUAUUACUUUGUUAUGUGAACUUGACCCUGAAAUAGCCAUCUUAUGAAGUGCUGUACAUGUUCAGAGUAAACAUUUCAGUUCUAAGCAGCUGCUUACCAGUCCAGUGGAGAGAAAGUAUAAUGUGUGAUCUGUUUGUGAAUGUUGCUGUUAUUGGGGAAAAGAGAAGACAUUUCUAUAAAUGAUAUUCAGUUAUUACUAAGAUUGUUCCUCAUGUCAGUCAAUACUUGGGUUCUUAUGGAGAAUGUCUGGCCUAAACUGGUUUGAACAGAUUUCUGAGGAAUAUAACCAAAGAGAAUUCUUAUAUUUUCAGAUAGGAUCAGUGCUUGGCAAUACUCAUGGUCAAUAUAAUAAAAUAAAAAUGACCAAUGGUGCAGCCACUAUGAAACAUAAACAUGGCUGUGAGUCCAACUGUUGUGGCAUAAAGAGGAUUUUCAGGUUCUCCAUUUAGUGCCCGGAUUCAUCAAGGGUCUCAGAGUUAAAAAAUCAGCCCUAACUGGUCAAAACUUCUCAUGCAUAUUUGGUCCUUUAGGACUAAAAGCAUUUUAUAACUCUCAGCUGAUAUUUAGGAGAACUCCAGAGGUGUCCUAACCUGUUUGGAGUUGCCAGAAGAUUUUGUUCAGGCAAAGCCAUUCUGUCAGAGGAGAGAUGUUUUGGAAAUGGUUGAUGACAAUGAGCCAUUUUGACAAAAGCUGGAUCAUUUUUGUGAGAAACUAAUGUCCUUAGCCAACAAAUGAUUUCAGCAGCCAUGUAAUGUGGGAAAAAAUGCAACUCCCUCAUUCAUUUCAAUUUGACCACACAUAUGGGGUGCUAAUGCAGAGGGUUGAACGCUGUGAUAAAUCUCCAGACUAAAAUAGUAUAAAAUCCUAUCCCUCAUAGUUAUAUCUGUGCUGCGAUUUGGUGAGUGAGAAGCCUUCAAACUCAUGGAUUAAUUACUCUGGCCAGACAGACCUCAUUUUUUUUCAAUCUUCGUACCGGUACCUUACAUUACAGGUAAAAGCACAGCUGUGAAGGUUGAAUGAUAAAUUGCCGCUACUUGUCAGGAAAAGCUGAACGAUAUUGACUCAUUUUAAAAGAAACCCCUCAUGAAUGAAACAUGUUGUUACUGUCAACCUUGCAAGUUAAGAGACAACUUUCAUUUUUACUCCAUGAUAACAUGUCUGGAGCAUUUCGCCAGAGCGGUAUGUUCUUUUUUUCUGUUUCUUUGGCUUAUUUUCACGCUAUACUGAAAACAUAUCACCAAUCUAUAACUUCAAAUAAUCAUCAGAAAAUGAUAUUAUUACUCUUUUAUUUUACCAUACUGGAUUGUUUUUGGUAUGUUGUGUGGUCUGAUUCCUUUUUGGGAAGUAAAAAAGAAACUAGAAAUUGUUGAAAUAAUUGUGCAGAAAUGAAUCUGUUUGUGUCCCUAGAGCAACUUGUCUCCGCUCCACUCACUCCCCUUCUCCCCCUGAGAACUAAUGACUGAUGGUAAUUACAUUUAAUGAGAUCAUGGGGUCGUCUGCAGGGUGCACUUCUGCAAAUUGCUCUCAGCGUGGGGUCUGAAGUGGGAUAGGGUAGGGGGCAACAGGGCAGUCGAGGUCGGGGCCAGGAGUGUUUGCAGAGUGUUUGGGGGCCAGGACCCACAGUGGCUUUACCUGUCACUCACUGAGUAGUGAAACAUGUCAUGCAUUUGUCUGCCUUUGUCCUCCUCAUUUGUUUGUCUGCUGCUCAACGACUGGUCAUUUUGCCACUAUUUUCUGCCUGCAGGGGGUUACCCAGGCAAUUUAGUUAAUCCAUUAACAACUAAUUGUCUCCUCCUAUCCUGUUGCUUGGACAAACAGCCUGGUUGGGGGGGUGUCAAGUCCUGGUGACCUAUAAAAGUCAUACUGGCUGAAGAGGCAGCCACUGUCACUGCAUGGAUCGCUGCAGUCCUGGUUUUCUACACAUUUACUCGGACAUUUAAGCUUUGGAUUUUUAUUUAGUGUGGAGUCACCCUGACUUUAGUUAAUUGUUUCAGUCUGCCUUGCUCUUAUUUUUCUCAAUUUAAUUACAUUUUUCGUUGUUGGUGGACAUGUUGGGAAAUCUGAGGGUACUCUGCCUGUGUCUCUGCUUCUCCUGGGCCAAAGCUCAUAUAUGGGCCUGGAUGCUCAACAUGCCUCACAGCCCUCCCAAAGAAGGAGCUAAGGCACUUAGAGACAGCGAUCCUGUAGCCAAAGCAACCACGGCUGUGUGCGAUCAUGACAGGGCCUGUGGGCGGGGUUUCUCCUGUGAUCGACACUUUGGUCUUUGUGUUCCUCUACGAGGGGAGGGCCACUACUGUCGGAGGGACGCCCAGUGUGUCCGCGGACUAAGUUGCAUGUUUGGGAAGUGCCAUCGCAGCAUCCCCAACGGACAAGAGGGUGCCAGAUGUAAAGUUGACAGGGAUUGCGGGGCAUCCAUGUGCUGCGCACGACACCAUGGUGAACAGGUGUGCAAGAGACGUCUGAUCCGUGGUGAGAGCUGCUAUGUUCCUGAUGGAGGCCUGGCAUUUAGCAUAAACCAGAUCUGUCCCUGUGAUGAGGGACUACUGUGUCGUGAAAGCAGUGCAUCCCACCAGAGAGAGUAA